GAAUACAGUCUGAUUUUACGACUUCACCUUUAACUGCAGCUAAAACAGCUUGUCAGAGUAGUUCCUCAGUGUUAAGUGGUGCAGCGGUUGUUUUCUCCUGGUAAAAUGUCUUCCGGCAGAGAAGGGUGCUGGCUGUUUGUUGGAGCUGCAGUGGUGGCCGUGUUGCUGCUGGAUGCUGCUGUUUGUGUUCAGGCUAACAAGAACUUUGAGGAUGUUCGCUGCAAGUGCAUCUGUCCGCCAUACAGAAACUUCAGUGGACACAUCUACAACAAAAAUGUCACCCAGAAAGAUUGCACUUGCCUCCAUGUGGUGGAGCCCAUGCCGGUUCCUGGCCAUGAUGUAGAGGCUUACUGUUUGCUCUGUGAGUGCAAGUAUGAGGAGCGGAGCAGCACCACCAUAAAGGUAACUAUCAUCAUCUACCUAGCUGUUGUGGGGGCGCUGCUUCUCUACAUGCUGUUUCUGCUUCUGGUUGAUCCUCUCAUUCGCAAACACGACCCCUACACUCAGCCUCUGCACAACGAGGAAGACUCCGAGGAGAUGCGUCCACGUGCAGAGAGUGGGCCGGCCAGAGGAAACACAGUCCUGGAGCGGGUGGAAGGUGCACAGCAGCGCUGGAAGAAGCAGGUGCAGGAACAACGCAAGACUGUUUUUGACCGCCACAAGUUGUUAAGUUAAACUUUUCUGAAGCAGAUUUGGUGUAUUUGAUUCUUUCUGGGCUCAGUGCUCGUUCACUCUCACCAGCUGCACCAUUAUAUACCUGGCUGUCCCUGAUGUGCGCUGACUCCUUACAUUCAAGCUUUAUUUAUACAGGUUAGUCUCACUGCGUCACAAGGACUCAUUUACAAGAGAGAC